GUGGCCCUCUAGGCUUCCCCAUUCAUUGAGCAACCUACACCGUACAUACAUACACCUAUACGGCAAUACCAACCUACUGCUUUAACUCCCAGUCCACUCCAUCACCACCCUAUCCCGGUUCCUAAUUAAAAUUACAAAACGAAGCGAAAAAAAGACCUCCACCGCAAGUGAGACAAAGCCCAGGAGAAGAAAAAAGGGAAGAAUGGCGCAAUCAACGGCCCACCGCCGCCUCCUCCAAGAAUACCGCGCCCUCACCAACAACCCCCCCGAGGGUAUCACGGCCGGCCCCGUCUCCGAGGACGACCUCCUGCACUGGGAGGCGCUGAUCCAGGGGCCCGAGGGCACCCCCUUUGAGGGCGGCGUCUUCCCCGCCGAGCUGCGCUUUCCCAAGGACUACCCCCUCGCGCCGCCGACAAUGAAGUUCCUCGGCGAGAUCUGGCAUCCGAAUGUGUAUCCGAGCGGACUGGUCUGCAUCUCGAUCCUGCACCCGCCCGGCGACGACCCGAACCACUACGAGCACGCGUCGGAGCGGUGGUCGCCCAUCCAGAGCGUCGAGAAGAUCCUCAUCUCGGUCAUGAGCAUGCUGGCCGAGCCCAAUGACGAGAGCCCCGCCAACGUGGAGGCGGCCAAGAUGUGGCGCGAGAACAGGGCCGAGUACGAGAAGAAGGUGCGCGAGGGGGUAAGACGCAUGUUGGGUCUGUGAGAGGAGGGGGGGGAGGGAGGAUGUGUGUUUUGGGAAGAGGGCAGAGGGAGGGCGGCAUGGCGCUUGUGUGUGGUAUUUGGUUAUCGGGUCCUCUCAUCAUCUUU